CCAGCCCAUCCCUAGUUAUGUUUUGAUACGACUUGACGUAAACGUGCGACAUCUGGGAAACAAUUUCUAUAGUGCAAUAAAUUGAAGGUGGCGGGAGCGUCCUAGAUGAAAAGGCGGCGCCAUGGUGUACAUCGACCAUAAUGGGCGCGUGUGGGAGAAGCGUCCUUGGGACUGGAGGAGGAUAGUGGAGCUCUUUGUGGGAAUAUGGUUUGCCAUCAAGCAGCUGUUCCUGACUUUCCUGGCUCCCUUCACGGCCCCCGGUAACCAGGCCAAUCCGCGUCGUGGAAAUGGCUGGGGCGGUGGUGGAGGAGGAGGCUGGGGCGGUGGCGGAGGCGGCGGCGGCGGAGGAGGUGGCGGCGGAAGACCUGGAUCAGGAGGACUAAGACCAAACCGCCGGAUCGGACGCAUCCAGCCGUCGAUGAGCUGCAAUAUGCCCGCGGGCGGCGGAUGAGGAUAGUAGCGACAUCCGGUUCCCAAGACUCUUGGGAGGAUGUCGCGCCGACAAGAGGCUGGCCACGGCAAGCAGCACCACCAGACGACCCGGAAUGCACGGUUUAUCUCGCCCCCGUGGCGCCCAUGACGCAGCCCUCCCAAACUCGGUCUCGAGCGGAAUGCUGCUGAACCCGAUUAAUCAGUGCUUUCUGGGUCGCUGCUUACGUGGCCUUCGUCGGUCCCACGAACUUAUUAACAAGCUCCAAUGUAGCUACAGGUUUUUGUAUCGGUCUACGGGUUUAUGUGUAGCCACUCAAAGAAACAUUUGUAUAUUGUUAUCCUGAAUGUUCAAAUAAAAACCAAGAAUAACUUUUGCAAAAAA